AGUCCGUGAGGCGCUGGGAGGGCUUUCUCAGGGUUGUGGGCUAGGAAGGCCGCCGCAAGGUGCUUCCUCACAUAUCCCUCGCGGGCCCAGCAGGCCAACAGCGUGGGGCGGCGGCGACGUCGACGGCCGGGGCUGGGAGCGCUGGCGGCCGGGGUCCCAGCCAUGGCCGAGUCUGUGGAGCGGCUGCAGCAGCGGGUCGAGGAGCUGGAGCGGGAACUGGCCCAGGAGAGAAGUCGCCGGGCCCUGGGGGGCGGCGAUGGAGGAGGCGGUCGGGCCCGCAUCGAAAAGAUGAGCCCCGAGGUGGUGGAUUCCAACCCCUACAGCCGCCUGAUGGCAUUGAAACGAAUGGGAAUUGUAAGUGACUAUGAGAAAAUCCGUACCUUUGCUGUAGCAAUAGUAGGUGUUGGUGGAGUUGGCAGUGUGACUGCUGAAAUGCUGACAAGAUGUGGCAUUGGUAAGUUGCUACUCUUUGACUAUGACAAGGUGGAACUGGCCAAUAUGAAUAGACUUUUCUUCCAACCUCAUCAAGCAGGAUUAAGUAAAGUUCAAGCAGCAGAACAUACUUUGAGGAACAUUAAUCCUGAUGUUCUUUUUGAAGUACACAACUACAAUAUAACCACAGUAGAAAACUUUGAACAUUUCAUGAAUAGAAUAAGUAAUGGAUUAGAAGAAGGAAAACCUGUUGACCUAGUUCUUAGCUGUGUGGACAAUUUUGAAGCUCGAAGGACAAUAAAUACAGCUUGUCAUGAGCUUGGACAAACAUGGAUGGAGUCUGGGGUCAGUGAAAAUGCAGUUUCAGGGCAUAUACAGCUCAUAAUUCCUGGAGAAUCUGCUUGUUUUGCGUGUGCUCCACCGCUUGGAGUUGCUGCAAAUAUUGAUGAGAAGACUCUGAAACGAGAAGGUGUUUGUGCAGCCAGUCUUCCUACCACUAUGGGAGUGGUUGCUGGGAUCUUGGUACAAAAUGUGUUAAAGUUUCUGUUAAAUUUUGGUACUGUUAGUUUUUACCUUGGAUACAAUGCAAUGCAGGAUUUUUUCCCUACUAUGUCCAUGAAGCCAAAUCCUCAGUGUGAUGACAGAAAUUGUAGGAAGCAACAGGAAGAAUAUAAGAAAAAUGUAGCAGCACUGCCCACACAGGAGGUUGUUCAAGAAGAGGAAGAAAUAAUACAUGACGACAAUGAGUGGGGUAUUGAGUUGGUAUCUGAGGUUUCGGAAGAGGAACUGAAAAAUUCUUCAGGUCCAAUUCCUGACUUACCUGAAGGAAUUACGGUGGCAUAUACAGUUCCCCAAAAGCAAGAAGAUUCUGUACCUGAAGUAACAGUGGAAGAUUCUGGUGAAAGCUUGGAAGACCUCAUGGCCAAGAUGAAGAACAUGUAAAUAAUGGACUGGC